UUUUCGUUGCGGCGGGAAAGCCCACCGAGGAAGUAAACAAACUACGCGGUGAGACAGUUCGACCAUGCCGUCCAAAGAGGAUCAAAUCUCCCCGGUUCUGUUCAUGACCACAGACGGUGAACCAAUGUCUUUCUACCUGCGACCCGGUCCUGCUAAACAGAAUAUCGCGCCGCUCAUCUCAGCCGGAGGAGGGAUGAUGUGCAAAGUGCAGCAGCCGGGGGCGAUCCUGCUGAUCGACCCGGAGGAAAAAAGCUCUAUUCGAGAAACUUCUGGUCACUGGUACGUGUCCACACAGUUUAUUCACGACUGUAUUGAGAAGGAGGAGCAGCUAGAUUUAGAGGACUACAGGAUAACUCCUGAAGUGGCCCCGAGACAGUCUGCUAGACUCAGCAAUAAAAGAGACUCGUCAGGCAGGACUCCCUACACAGCUGCAGAAGACAAGGCCAUCUUGAGUCAUGUCAGCAAACACAAGGCGGAGGUGAAGGGAAACCGGCUCUGGCAACAGAUGGAGAAGCUGCGAGUGACGAAUCACAGCUGGCAGUCGAUGAAAUACCGUUACAAGGUGCGACUGGCAAAGUUACAGUCAGAGGCUGAGAAGAAGGCAACCGCAGAGAAAGAGAGCGAAGCAGCAGAGGAAGAGAGCGACGCAGCAGAGGAAGAGAGCAAAGCAGCAGAGGAAGAGGCUGAGGUAGAAGAAAACCAAGAGACGAAUGUUCAAAAACCCUCCAGCACAGAAGAUACUGCUUCACCUCCGACACAUUCAGCUGAAUCAGACUUAACACAGAUAGAUGAUCAGUCGAUCCCAUCUGACAGCAAACAGCCAGAACUCACAGAAGCUGAAACGUCUGUUUCUCAAGAAGAAGAAGAAGUGCAACAUGUGAACCCUCAGACAGACGAACAGCCAGCUGAAAGCCCAAAAGCAGAGACUGUAGGAGCUGAAACAUCUGAGGGGCCUUGUGUGGAGCCACAGACAGAUGCUCCUCCUGAUCCUGCUGAGAGUGCAGAACAAGAAUUGGAUGAACCACAAACGGAAACCUCUCCAGAAAAAGAAAGUGUGCCAGAGGCUUCUCCCGAGCGCGAACAACUGCGGCGUCGAGUAUCUCACAGGAGGCUUUUCAAAGAUCCGUUAUCACCUGAACCUUCUGCCAAAAGAUUCAGAUCAUUAAAAUCCUCACCACAGGGAUAUUCACCGUUUCCUGAGUCCUCAAAGACAACAAAUUCAGCCCUAAAGUCCUCCCCCCAAAAUUACAAAAUAGUAGAGCAGUCGCCAUCUAAGACAGCCAGAGGAAAGAGUGCAGCGCACGCGAGUCGGCAGGACGAGAGUGAACAAGCUGCUGUCCCUGAAACUGCACGAGCAGAAACUGAGUCUAAUUCAGUGCCACAGAAAGCAGAGAAGAAGAAAGAAAAGAGGAACUUGGGGAUUCUAGAGCUGGCUACGAAGGAGUUUGAAGAUGAAAGUGAGAUCUCUGAUGAAGAGUUAACUCAAGAUCUCCAAAACCCGACUGAAACGGCGAAUAUUCAACCCACAUCUGCAGAACCUCCUCUCCCGACGUCAGACACAGCUGCAGAAGCUGCUGUCACACAGUCCAGCCCUGAACCUGAACCCAGCCUCCAGGAGGACACGCAGGACAUCCUGGUUUCCAGUAGCAAAAGCCCACCAAAGAUAGGCGGCCCUGAACCUGCAGCCACUGAGGCCGUCACUGCCUCCUCCAAGGCCCACCUGUUCAUAUUCGCCAGUGAGACUCAGGAGGAAGACUCUGAGUCCAUCACUGCUGAUACUCCAGCGGCUCCAUCUGACCCACAGCUGGACAAAGACGCUGCACCGUCACUGACUCAGAUCCAGCUGGAGGAGGACAUGCAGGCACUCAGAGAGCUGAUGAAGCAGACGAAGCAGGACUUAGUCAGUGUGACCAAAGCCCUGCUGAGGACCAGUGGAGACUUCUCUGCUGCUCUGGAUCAACUUCUGAAUCCCUCCUCCAGUUCAGGACCAGUUUGGACUCGGCAGGAAGACUCUCUUUUGUUCUCAGCUGAUCCUGUGGUCCGACUACAGCUGCAAGAGAAAUACGGCGAGGAGGGCGUGGCUAAAAGAAUCAUGUUCCUCGAGGUAGAAGGAUGAAAAUGAAAGACAGGUCAGUGCAGAUAGAAAGCAGGAGAACAGAGUUAACUCGUCUAUUAUGCUGCUUAACUAUGUGUGAACAGUCAGCUGGUUAGAUGAUAUUUAAGCAUUGCUGCUCCUCCUGGCUAACUUUGAAUAAAUAAAUCAGAAACAAUAAACCAGAAUGCUGUAAACUGUUUAAGAUCUGUAUCUUUGCUAAAUCUUUUGAUGAAUAUUAGCAUGAAAACACUGUUUUAUGUUUUUAAAUGUGUUUAACAUUUUUCUUCAUUUUCUUAAUUGCAUAAAAAA